AGAUCGAUUGUCGUUAUUUCACGUUAUUCGUUCAAAGUUACUUUGCUUGUGAAUAUCGACAAAAAUUGUUCGAUCCCCUUUUAGAAGAAACUCUGUUUGUUGAAAAAAUAGAAUCAGAAAAAGUGAAAAAUCUACUAAAAUGAAUCGCAUCAAGAAAAUGUUAUCGAGCAAAGAGACUCGAAAUUAUUUUAUGAGCACCCACUUUUGGGGACCAGUAGCUAAUUGGGGCAUUCCAAUUGCUGCAAUUGCUGAUAUACGAAGUGAUCCAAGAUAUAUCAGUGGAAAAAUGACACUUGCUUUAUGCAUAUAUUCGGCAAUGUUUAUGCGAUUUGCACUCAAAGUUGAACCACGAAAUUUACUUCUUUUUGCCUGCCAUUUCGUCAAUGAAGGAGCACAGCUCACUCAAGGAUACAGAUUUAUAAAAUAUCACACAAGUAAUCCUGAAUAAUCAUUCAGAAACAUAAUAGAUUGUUAAAGGUGUAAAUAAUAUUUGUACUCGCUUGUUAAAAUUA